AUUCCUACCCAAAGAAAAUGGGCAUAAACAUAACAAGAAUUGCUCUUCCCUGCUGUGUCAAAUCAUAUCGAGAUGGCAAACACUAUCCAACUCUUACCCCUUGGUUCCUCUUUUGUUCAAAUCCUUCCCAAACACAAUUUGAGAGAAGCUAUUUGUAAUAUUGAACAAAGGUGGAAACUACGUUGUGUUGCCAACAAACAAAUUGACUACUCGAUUACUAAAAAAGCCUCUAGCUAUUACAAGCCAAGCUCUUGGAGUCAUGAGUUCAUGAUGUCCGUGGGAGAUGAUAAUUGGAAGGAAGUUUCAAAGGAGAGUAGCAUAAAGAAGUUGGAGGAGGCAGUGAAAUACAUGCUUGACGAUGAACGUAUGGAGCCAUUGGACAUACUUCAAUUAAUAGAUGAAAUUCAACGUCUAGGCUUAGGAUACCGUUUUAGAGAGAGCACAAAAUGUGCCUUCAACCGAAUUAUACAUUCAGGAAAAGUGAUGAAGAAAAUCGACCAUAGUAUUCAUACUUGUGCUCUCUACUUCACCCUCCUUAGACAACAUGGGUACGAGAUUUCUGCAGGUACAUAUUCACUUCGUCGAUGCAGAAAUUCAGACUUCAAUUUCUACAAACAUCUCCAUUGUAUUCUAUUUUGUAGUUGGUGGAAGGAUGUAGGCUUAGCAAAUAAGUUGCACUUUGCAAGAGAUAGGCUGAUGGAGAGCUUCUUUUGGUCAGUUGGAAUGGUAUUUGAACCACAAUUUAGUGAAUGCCGAAAAGGUUUAACGAAAGUGGUUAAGCUAAUCACUAUUAUAGAUGAUGUUUAUGAUGUUUAUGGCUCUCUUGAAGAACUUGAACAAUUUACGGAUGCUGUUGAAAGAUGGGAUAUCAAUGCUUUACAUCAUUUGCCUGGCUGCAUGAAGAUAUGCUUUUUAGCUCUUUACAAUACUAUUAAUAACAUGGCAUAUGACGUUCUUAAGGAACAAGGUCAGGUCAUCCUUACUCAGCUCACAAAAGUGUGGGCAGAUUUGUGCAGACUGUUCUUAAAGGAAGCGCAAUGGAGUUGCAAUAAACAUAUACCUACUUUUGACGAGUAUCUUAGUAUGGGAUGGUUAUCAUCAUCUGGACCACUUCUACUUGUUCAUGCCUACUUUCUAAUGAAUAAAAAUAUUACAAAUGACGAGAUAGAAUGCUUCAACGGUUACCGUGCUCUCUUACGCUACCCAUCCACAAUUUUUCGCCUUUGCAAUGAUUUAAGUUCCUCAAAGGCCGAGAUUGAGAGAGGUGAAACGGCCAAUGCAAUUUCAUGUUACAUGCAUGAAAAAAGUGUUUCUGACGAAGUUGCCCGUGAAUACAUUAAGAGUUUGAUAGAUGAGAAUUGGAAGAUGAUAAAUAAAGAAUUGGUUUCAAAUUCCAUUUUCAGCGAGUCCUUUAUUGAAAUAGCCAUAAACCUUGCUCGAAUAGCACAAUGUCACUACCAGUAUGGCAACGCUCACAGUGAUCCAAAUGACAUAACGAGAAACCGAGUUUUGUCAGUUAUUAUUGAGCCCAUUCAAUUGACACAGCCAUAUAGGAACUUAAAACUGUCCGUAAAUUAAGAGAAAAGAUUGUUAACUUAAAGAAGUGUAACUAGUUUAUAUAUUAUAAGGUUCAUAAGGAUGAUUAUUGAACAGAGGUGGUAGAUAAAGUGAUAAGGACGUAGCUGGUUCAACCCUCACCGAGAGGAUGCUGCUUGCUGAGUUAUACUCAAGUCGAGGGUCGGUAUUAAUGAAUUUGC